UAUGCAAUAACGCAGACCUAAGCUGAAAUCUUUGGAUAAUAAAGAGAAUCAUCAUACUUCUGAAACACCAAAACAGACUCGUAAACUGUUUAGGAAAACAACACCAAAAUUAUUGUAGCCAUUACAAAUGGAUUAACACAUAAGUUCAAGAGAACCUUUGACUACAAAAGUAGAUGGACCACAUAAAAUCAGAUUAAGAACAUAUGUUAAUACUAUUGAAAAUUUGAUGAAUGAUAAUUUGUUAAAAUUAAUACCUCCAACAUGUGAUGGGACUACUUACUCAAUUGGAUAAUCAAUAGGUAAGGGAAGCUAUGCUACAGUAAGACUUGGAACUAAUAAAUAAGGGUUUAAAGUAGCAAUAAAAGUAUAUGAAAAGUUAUUCUUAAAAGGCGAGCGACUUAAUAAUCUCGUAAAAGAGAUCAGUGCAUUGAAAGCACUUAAUCAUGAAUAGAUUGUUAAAUUAUUGGAUGUUUAUCAUUGUGGAAGUACAAUAAAUUUAGUAUUGGAGUAUUGUGGAAAUGAGAGUCUCUUUACUUUGGUUAAAUAACAUAGAGCAUUAUCAAAGGAUUAUGCAUUCAAUAUCAUUCAUCAAUUAUUAAAGAUAUUAGUAUAUAUUCAUGAGAAGAAUAUAUGUCAUAGAGACAUCAAACUUGAGAAUAUUCUUAUAAACAAUAAAAAAAUUAAACUAAUUGAUUUUGGAUUUAGUACAAUAUACAAUUGUAUUACUUGUCAUUGUGGUACACCUAGCUAUAUGUCACCUGAAGUAGUGACAAAAUAGAAAUAUGAUGGAAGAACAACUGAUAUAUGGGCAUUAGGAGUUCUUUUUGUUGGUUUGUUAUAAGGUAGCUUUCCAUAUAAGGGUUCAACAGAGAAAGAACUCUUCUCUAAAAUCAGAAAUAAUGACUACACUAUUAAUAGUUAGGAUAAGGAUGUUAGAGUAUUUUUAGGUUAGAUAUUUGUUUUGGAUCCUCAUCAUAGAGCUACUGCAAAAGAGGUAAAUAUUUAUUACUUUUAUUCUUAGUUACUAUAAUGCGAUGUAUUUCGAUCUAUGUGACUUUAUUUAUAUAAUUAUUAUUUAUAAAUUUUUAUUUUUCGAAAUGGUAACUUCUCACAUUAUUCAAAUAGUAACCAAUCAAUGAUAUCAAUGUUGAUGAAGUACUUAAGGGAUUAUCAGCAGUAGAAGGAGCUAAUGGUUUUGUGAUAUUCAAUUAGGAUUGUAUAUUAACUUAAAAUCAUCUAUUUUAGGUAUUCCAUUGAAAAGAUCAGAAAAAAACAUUACUUACGAAAAAGCUGUUCACAUGUCAGCCUUGGUUGCUGAUUUAUGGAAUGUUACUAAAAAAUGCAUCUAAAGAGAAUUAAGAAGUUAAGAUGUAUUAAAAUAUAUUAAUUUUAUAAGAACGAUCUUGAAAUCAUUAGAAUUAGAACUAAGGCACAAUCAGAAUACAUUAUUUCUUAAUGUAUUUACAUAUAUAUCAAUUAGAGGGUGAUUAUACUAUGAUUGGAAUACAAUUAUGUGGCAAAGCUAUUGAAGAAGCUAAAUUAGCUGCUGCUGCUGAAGCAUAGGCUGCAGCUGAAGCAGACAAAGCUAAAAAAGGAGAUAAAGAAUAAAGUUGA